CGAGCAGGAGACUCGUCUUUGGCGGCAAGUAAACGAUCCAGUGACCAGUCUUCGUUGAAAGUUGGAAGUAAGCGAACAAGCAAGACUUCUUCAACAGGCGCACCAGGCAAGCGAUCGAGCGACUCGGCCUCUGUCAGAGUUUUGACUUCAUCCAACACAGUAGUUUCCGAUAUUGAUUCACGAAGUGAAGUCUCACGCGGUACAGAAGAUAGUGGAGGUGCUUCGGGCCGCGCGCCGAGAUUGCCGCCAACAGUCGGGUCACGCAACGCGUGAGGUUCUAAUACGUUUUUGCUUUGCUCUUGAUGUAAGUGUAGCCGAUAAUAUGCUGAGAAAAAAGAGUAUGAAGCCUCGUCAAUCAAAUCAGUCAGGUCAAUUACUUAUAUCAAACUCUUUCUGUAGUCAUGUUGGCCUUGGGUUCAAGCUGAAUGCAAGUUCAACAUCAACAACAAGAACGCACGAAAUAUAAUGAAAAUCUAGAAGAUCAGGAGAUGAGAUGAUGAGUGACUAUCUCUAUCAUGGCACCACGUUUCAAAGACUCAACUCACCCUUACGUAGGUAGAAGUACUUGCCAACUGUAAUUAUGGCACCAUUCUUGUUCACCAAAGACUCAACACCCUUGGAUUGAAUCGUUCUUUGAUCGAUAUCUCAACCUUCAGGAAAGGAUUAAAGUCAGGCUCAACCUGAA